CUAACUUGAAGAUAAGGAACCUACAAAAUGUUUGCCAAGAUUGCCGUACUCGCCUGUUUCAUCGGCCUAGUCCGUUCGGGUGCUCUCAGCAACCCGGCUCUGAAUGGACUAGGGGCGUAUGCUGGCGGCUACGGAGGCUACGGCUAUGGCGGCUACGGUGCUGGAUACCCUGGCCUGACCCCUGGAGGCGUAGCCACCUCUUACGCCAACUUCAACAAGUACUCCGGCCCGCAUGUGCCUUACAACGGAGCGUACCCUGGCGCUUACAACGGAGCGUACGCUGGCGCUUACAACGGAGCGUACCCUGGCGCUUACAACGGAGCGUACCCUGGCGCUUACAACGGACUGGCUGGUCCAUACAACCGCGCUGGAUUAGCUGGUCUCGGUCCUUAUGCUGGAGCUGGUCUCCCAUAUGCUGGUGCUGACGUGUACAAUGGACUGCGAGGAGCAUACGGGCCUGCUGGUCUUCCUUACGGGAAUCCCCUAGGAUAUGGCGGCUAUGGUGCCGGCAUUGGUGCUUAUGGAAACAAUGUGUGGUAGAAUUUCUUU